CUCUCCUUAGCUUAGCCUCUUCUCCUACAUCUGCUGCAAUCUUCUUUAGUUUUUAUCUGUUUGCUUUGUUUUCUCAGGAAAGAUAAAAAGAGAAAGAAAAUCUUAUCCCUGGCCUGACAUUGCCAGCCACCUCUUUUUUUGUUUGGUCUCUUUCUUUGAGGAUCGUUUCUUGCUUUAAGAUAUAUACAUAUAAGAGUAGUUUUGUUCGUUGGUUGACAAAGAAAGAUUUCUUUUAUUAACCCAAAAAAGGAAAAGAAAGUUUUACAUUUUUCUGGCAUGGAAAACAAAAAGCAAGUGCUUGGGAGGGACUCCACUCACUCUGGAAUUAGGGGGUCUUGGAAUAAUCAGGGUUUAGCCCAUCAUGGCAGAUUUAGAAGUCCAGAUCAUACCACUGAUUAUACCGAGGGACAAAGCAGUGGCACAAGGAAUAAAGACAAAAGUUCUUCCAUUUAUCACGAUGAAACCGUGGAACCUUCCUAUCUCAGCUCAUCUAUCUACUAUGGAGGCCAAGAAAAUUAUUCUCCAAGGAACAAUACCACCCAGUCUCCCCCAUCUUUCAAAUUGGAUGGGGGACAUGAUGAUCGUGAUGGAAACGAUUCUAGUGAUGGUGCUUCAAGAGGAAAUUGGUGGAAGGGCUCACUUUAUUACUAACAUCUUAAUCCAAAAUUUCUGUCCAAUACUCUUUUAAGG